UUUGCCGCUUCUGCUUCGGCAUACAGUGCUACCGGCCGUACCUUUGCCGUUAACCACUUCUAUGGAAAGGAUGCCAUGAUGUAUGGUCGUGUUGAUCCUAUCAUCAGCCCUGGUGUGCCUUCUGGUCACGUUCACGCCAUUCAAGGUGGUAAUGCCUUCGGUAUGACUAUGACUGAUACUCAAGCUUUGGACCAAUCUACCUGCACGUCUUCCCUCGUCAAGAACGACAAGAGCAACUACUGGACUCCAUCUCUCUACUUCCAAGAUCCGGUCACUAAGGAGCUCGAGUUUGUUGACAUGUUCUACAUGAACGUGUACUACUUCUUUGAGGCUACAACCGAUAAGAUCGAAGCUUUCCAGCCUGGUCACCGUAUGGUCGUUGGCAACCCUGAACUCCGCACCCCUCCUGCUACUGGUGGUCAGUCAAUUACUGAUCUGUCCGACGGUACACCUCAACCAGUCCAAUUCACCUGCCCUCGAACAAACACAAACUCACCUCUCUACCCUACCGACUCCACUGGUCUCGAUGGUGUUGGUAUUCAAGAUCCUGGCAACAAAGGUGCGGGUGUAGGUUUCCCAGACCAGAACUGCGACGGAUUUGCCUCCCCUCUCAGAGCUGAUAUCCACUUCCCAUCAUGCUACAACCCAGCUGCUGGUCUUGACAACUACAAGGAGAACAUGCAAUUCCCAACCAAUGGCAACUGCCCCACUGGCUGGAUCCACACUCCUCACUUGUUCUACGAGGUCUACUGGAACACCCCUCCUUUUGCUUCCCGCUGGACUCAGGGCCAAGGUACACAGCCAUUUGUCCUUUCCAAUGGUGAUCGAACUGGCUACGGUCUCCACGCCGAUUUCAUCUCUGGCUGGGAUGUUGAUACGCUCCAACAGAUCAUUGACAACUGUGAUGCUGGUGACUCUGGCAUGGACAAGUGCCCUGGUCUCAUGGGUGGACUCAACGAUCCCUCGACCACUUGCAACCUCCCCGAUCCUGUUGCCAAUGAGGUCGUCACUGGUACUAUGACCGCACUUCCAGGUACCAACCCCUUGUCAGGCUGGGGCGUCGGCGCCGUCGUUGGCAGCGGAGGAUCUGGUACCACCGGAUCCAUGUCGCAAUCGCCAACAGCCACUUCCGCACCAGCUUCAAGCAAGGCCUCAAGCCAAGUCGUCGAGAGCAGUUCCAAGGCUACCAGCGUCAAGGAAGUCUCCUCUCAGUCAAAUGCUGCUGGUGUCUCUUCUUCUUCCGACGUUAAAGUUGUUCAGACCCAGGCCACUUCAACCGCUGUCGGUGUUGCAACAACCCCGGUCGACUCCCAGCCAACCACCCUAGUCACCCAAGUCGCUACCACAUCCACGGAUGGUGACCAGGUUGUCACUUCAUAUGUUUCAGAGACUACCGUUGUCUGGACCACUGUCACUGCCACUGGUGCAGCUCCCACUUCAAGUGGAGGCAGCUCGGUCGCAAAUGGCUGGUACUACUACGGUUGCUACCAAGACACACGUGCGCGCGUUCUGAGUGGUAUCACUCUUGCUAAUGUUGGUCAACACGCUGUUACCAACACCAAAUGUGUUGACUACUGUAGCAAUGCAGGCUAUUCCAUGGCUGGCACUGAGUACGGUGGUCAAUGCUUCUGUGGUAACCAGCUCGAUGGAAGCACUGCUCUCAACGAGACAUCUUGCGACAUGCCCUGUGAGGGUGAUGGAACUCAAACCUGUGGUGGUGGUAUGGCACUCAGUGUCUACUCUACAAGCAGCACCUCCAAGCGCUCGAGCAGACACCUGCACCGUCACCUCAACCGC